AUGGCGCCACCCUCAGUGACGUCGGCCAGUGACGAGUGCGCCACCUGGACUGCCAACCAGCAGGGCGGUGUCUACCGUCACGGUAACGUCGGCAUCAACAAUGAGCAGCCACACGAGGCUCUCUCUGUGCACGGCAACGUGUCGGUCACUGGCAUCCUGUUCACACCGAGUGACAAGCGUGUCAAGCAAAACAUCCGCGCUGUUGACACGGCCGAGCAGCUUGAUCGCGUCAACCGUCUAAAGAUCUACGACUACGCUCUCAUUGAGCCGUGGACCGCCGCUACCGGCGUGACUGACCCCAACGACCGCGGUGUCCUGGCGCAGGAGCUGCAAGAGGUGAUACCAGCCGCUGUCAAGGUGACUGGCGACCGCACACUCAACGACGGUACCAUGGUCGAGGACUUCCUGAUGGUCAACAAGGAUGCCAUCUUCAUGGAGAACAUCGGAGCCACCCAAGAGUUGUCCAAGAAGGUGGACACAGUCCAGAUCGAGUUGGACAUCCUGGACAAGAACAUUGACAAGAACAAAGAGCAAGUCCUCAGCAAGGUCGAUGAGCUGGAACGCCAGAUCGAGCGCAGCAGGAAGAGGAGUAUGUAUCCAUUCAUUCAAUCAAUCGAUCAAUCAUGGACCAUGCACUAA